AUGGCUGAGAAUCAACCCAUGACCUCAGGAAGGAUAGCUCCCAGACGCCAGGCUCAGGAUAGGCCGCGAGGCCACGAGGAGCUCUCGGGGAGCCAGGCCCGGGCGGGUCAGGGAGGCGAGGCUCGGAAAGGGGUCUUCCGGGCAGGCGGGAGGCUCGGACUCGGAACAAAGCUCCGGCCCAGGAAGACCAGGCCGCCCGCGACGCACGCUCACGGGGCUCCGGCGCUACGCGAGAGGCCGCAGCGCGCCGGCCCGCCGCCUUUACGCCACUGGCUUGGCCCCAGAGCCUUCGCGAAUAUGUCUUUGCGCACUGCGGCGGGGCUGCGCUGCAACCGAGCUUGCCGGUGGCUCCUCCCCGCCGCCCUGCGCGGAUUGGUGGCGGACGGAAGCCCGGCUGCUGAUUGGAUAGCGAAGGAGCCACUCGGGGAGACUCUGGUGGGUCGGCCGCCCCAGAGUGAUAAGUUCGGCUUCAGACACGCCUCAGAGCCAGCAGCGAGCCGGACUCUAUGGAGGUGGCGGCGGGUACCAGGUGGUGGCUGCAGCAGCGACUCCUCUGAGCUGAGAGCUUCAGGCCGACCCCUUCUCGGUGAAGGCUUUUCAUUUCUACCAUCCCCUCCCCUCCCCACCCCAUCCAUUAAUAUUAUUCUUUUGAAGAUUCUUCGUUGUCAAGCCGCCAAAGUGGAGAGUGCGAUUGCAGAAGGGGGUGCUUCUCGUUUCAGUGCUUCUUCGGGCGGAGGAGGAAGUAGGGGUGCACCUCAGCACUAUCCCAAGACUGCUGGCAACAGCGAGUUCCUGGGGAAAACCCCAGGGCAAAACGCUCAGAAAUGGAUUCCUGCACGAAGCACUAGACGAGAUGACAACUCCGCAGCAAACAACUCCGCAAAUGAAAAAGAACGACAUGAUGCAAUCUUCAGGAAAGUAAGAGGCAUACUAAAUAAGCUUACUCCUGAAAAGUUUGACAAGCUAUGCCUUGAGCUCCUCAAUGUGGGUGUAGAGUCUAAACUCAUCCUUAAAGGGGUCAUACUGCUGAUUGUGGACAAAGCCCUAGAAGAGCCAAAGUAUAGCUCACUGUAUGCUCAGCUAUGUCUGCGAUUGGCAGAAGAUGCACCAAACUUUGAUGGCCCAGCAGCAGAGGGUCAGCCAGGACAGAAGCAAAGCACAACAUUCAGACGCCUCUUGAUUUCCAAAUUGCAAGAUGAAUUUGAAAACCGAACCAGAAAUGUUGAUGUCUAUGAUAAGCGUGAAAAUCCCCUCCUCCCUGAGGAGGAGGAACAGAGAGCCAUUGCUAAGAUCAAGAUGUUGGGAAACAUCAAAUUCAUCGGAGAGCUUGGCAAGCUUGAUCUUAUUCAUGAAUCUAUCCUUCAUAAGUGCAUCAAAACACUUUUGGAAAAGAAGAAGAGAGUCCAACUCAAAGAUAUGGGAGAGGAUUUGGAGUGCCUCUGUCAGAUAAUGAGGACAGUGGGACCUCGAUUAGACCAUGAACGAGCCAAGUCCUUAAUGGAUCAGUACUUUGCCAGAAUGUGUUCCUUAAUGCUAAGUAAGGAAUUGCCAGCAAGGAUUCGUUUCCUACUGCAGGAUACCGUAGAGUUGCGAGAACACCAUUGGGUUCCUCGCAAGGCUUUUCUUGACAAUGGACCAAAGACGAUCAAUCAAAUCCGUCAAGAUGCAGUAAAAGAUCUAGGAGUGUUUAUUCCUGCUCCUAUGGCUCAAGGGAGAAAUGACUUCUUCCUGGAGGGGCCGUUCAUGCCUCCAAGGAUGAAAAUGGAUAGGGACCCACUCGGGGGACUGGCAGAUAUGUUUGGACAAAUGCCAGGUAGUGGAAUUGGUACUGGUCCAGGAGUUAUCCAGGAUAGAUUUUCACCCACAAUGGGACGUCAUCGUUCAAAUCAGCUCUUCAAUGGCCAUGGGGGACACAUCAUGCCUCCCACGCAAUCGCAGUUUGGAGAAAUGGGGGGCAAGUUUAUGAAGAGCCAGGGGCUAAGCCAGCUCUACCAUAACCAGAGUCAGGGACUCUUAUCCCAGCUGCAAGGACAGUCGAAGGAUAUGCCACCUCGGUUUUCUAAGAAAGGACAGCUUAAUGCAGAUGAGAUUAGUUUGAGGCCUGCUCAGUCGUUCCUAAUGAAUAAAAAUCAGGUGCCAAAGCUUCAGCCCCAGAUAACUAUGAUUCCUCCCAGUGCACAGCCACCACGCACUCAAACACCACCUCUGGGACAGACACCUCAACUUGGUCUCAAAACUAAUCCACCACUUAUCCAGGAAAAGCCUGCCAAGACUAGCAAAAAGCCACCACCAUCAAAGGAAGAACUUCUUAAACUGACUGAAGCCAUUGUGACUGAGUAUCUGAACAGUGGAAAUGCAAACGAGGCUGUCAAUGGUGUAAGAGAAAUGAGAGCUCCAAAACACUUUCUUCCUGAGAUGUUAAGCAAAGUGAUCAUCCUGUCACUUGAUAGAAGUGAUGACGAUAAAGAAAAAGCAAGCUCUUUGAUCAGUUUACUCAAACAGGAAGGAAUAGCCACAAGUGACAACUUCAUGCAGGCUUUCCUAAACGUAUUGGAGCAGUGCCCCAAACUGGAGGUUGACAUCCCCUUGGUGAAAUCUUACUUGGCACAGUUUGCAGCCCGUGCUAUAAUUUCAGAGUUGGUGAGCAUUUCAGAACUAGCUCAACCACUGGAGAGUGGCACCCACUUCCCUCUCUUCUUACUUUGUCUUCAACAAUUAGCUAAAUUACAAGAUCGAGAAUGGUUAACAGAACUUUUUCAACAAAGCAAGGUCAAUAUGCAGAAAAUGCUGCCAGAAAUUGAUCAGAAUAAGGAUCGAAUGUUGGAGAUUUUGGAAGGAAAGGGACUGAGUUUCUUAUUCCCACUCCUUAAAUUGGAGAAGGAACUAUUGAAACAAAUUAAGCUGGAUCCAUCCCCUCAAACUAUAUAUAAAUGGAUUAAAGAUAACAUCUCUCCCAAACUUCAUGUAGAUAAAGGAUUUGUGAACAUCUUAAUGACCAGCUUCUUACAGUACAUUUCUAGUGAAGUAAGCCCACCCAGCGAUGAAACAGAUUCUUCCUCUGCUCCUUCCAAAGAACAGUUAGAGCAGGAAAAACAGCUGCUGCUCUCUUUCAAGCCAGUGAUGCAGAAAUUUCUUCAUGAUCAUGUGGAUCUACAGGUCAGUGCCCUGUAUGCUCUGCAGGUGCACUGUUACAACAGCAGCUUCCCAAAAGGCAUGUUACUUCGAUUUUUUGUUCAUUUCUAUGAUAUGGAAAUUAUUGAAGAGGAAGCUUUCUUGGCUUGGAAGGAAGACAUAACUCAAGAGUUUCCAGGAAAAGGCAAGGCUUUGUUCCAGGUGAAUCAGUGGCUAACCUGGCUAGAAACUGCUGAAGAAGAAGAAUCAGAGGAAGAAGCUGACUAAAGAACCAGCCAAAGCCUUAAAUUGUGCAAAACAUACUGUUGCUAUGAUGUAACUGCAUUUGACCUAACCACUGCGAAAAUUCAUUCCGCUGUAACGUUUUUCACAAUAUUUAAAGCAGAAGCACGUCAGUAAGGUUUCCUUCUGCAUAAGGUUUUUGUAGUGUGAUGUCUUAAUCAUAGUCUACCAUCAAAUACUUUAGGAGUAUCCUUAAUGUUUAGAUAGAAUAUUAGCAGCAUGCAAUAAUUACAUCCUAAGUUCUCAAGCAGAGGCAGUCUAUUGCAAGGACCUUCUUUGCUGCCAGUUACCAUAGGCUGUUUUAAGUUAGAAAACUGAAUAGCAACACUGAAUACUGUAGAGAUGCACUUUGCUCAGUAAUACUUGAGUUGUUGCAAUAUUUGAUUAUCCAUUUGGUUGUUACAGAAAAAUUCUUAACUGUAAUUGAUGGUUGUUGCCGUAAUAGUAUAUUGCCUGUAUUUCUACCUCUAGUAAUGGGCUUUAUGUGCUAGAUUUUAAUAUCCUUGAGCCUGGGCAAGUGCACAAGUCUUUUUAAAAGAAACAUGGUUUACUUGCACAAAACUGAUCAGUUUUGAGAGAUCAUUAAUGCCCUUGAAGUGGUUUUUGUGGGUGUGAAACAAAUGGUGAGAAUUUGAAUUGGUCCCUCUUAUUAUAGUAUUGAAAUUAAGUCUACUUAAUUUAUCAAGUCAUGUUCAUGCCCUGAUUUUAUAUACUUGUAUCUAUCAAUAAACAUUGUGAUACUUGA